UUUAGAUUAAGUCGCAUGUCUAAUGAUUCAUUUUAUUAUUCCACGAUAUUUGUUUUUUUUUAAUCAGAGUGGAUAACAUCAGCAGCAGCGGUGCUGGAUUACGUGUGAAUACUUUCAUUCACAAGAGGUGUAAGGACAAAUACACAGGGUUCGCGGACAUUCAAAAUAGCCAAAUAUGGCAAUUAAAAAUGGAAUUACCGGAGAAAGUGGCCACAGGUCUGUUUUAAAACAGUUUCUUUUGGGGAUAUUAGCCAAUUUCUCCAGCGUCGGUCCUAGUAUGAGUUUGGGAUUCUCGGCAGUAGCUCUACCUGUACUUCAUGGACAUUUGAAUCCCAUUGAGUUAUCUUGGUUUGCAAGUAUCGCAUCUUUAGCAACACCUUUUGGUUGUUUCUUUGCUGGUCCUUUUGCUGAUCGAUAUGGAAGACGAAUGGCACUGUUUUUCGUCAAUAUUGUAUGCCUCUUAGGGUGGAUAACAAUUGCUCUAUUUUGUUACGUAGAACAAUCCCAUUUCUGGAUACUUUUAUUGGGAAGAGUAUUAACUGGGCUUUCAACAGGACUAUGUAGUUCCCCAGCUACUGUUUACAUGGCUGAAAUAUCUUCGCCUGACUUGAGGGGGAUCUUCACGACAUGGGCCUCUGUAUCGUUUUCGUUGGGAGUGUUGGUAGUGUACUUUUUGGGAUAUCUUUUUCAGAGCAAUCUUGGAGUAAUUUGUUUGAUAACUGCGGUAUUUCCCUGCGUCGGAAUCUUAUUUACAACCUUUUUGAUACCGGAAUCACCCACGUGGCUGGUCGGAAAAUAUCGAACAGAAGAAGCAAAAACUAGUUUGUGCAGAAUUUUUGAUACCGGAUUAACUGCUAAUAUACAAGCUGAGCUGGACAACUUAAUAAAAAACAAAGGAGCACCGAAUAUGAAAUUGGAAAAGCCAAUGUAUAGGAAAAUUUUAAGAAAGUUGGAAUUUUUAAUGCAACCCCAUUGUUUAAGACCGAUGGGUUUGGUUUUAACUUACUUUUUCUUCCAACAAUUCAGUGGUAUAUUUGUUAUCAUAUUUUACGCUAUAGAUAUAGUUAAUAAUGCCGGCAUAACAUUUGAUCCUUACAUUACUAUUGUCGUAAUUGGUGCCGUACGUUUGAUUAGUGCUAUUUUACCCAGUUUCUUAGCCAAACGUUUCGGAAGAAGGCCACUGUCUUUAUUCUCGGGUAUCGGUAUAGCGUCCUGUUUACUUCCGUUGGCACUUUAUAUCAAACUUAAAGAGAAUGGUUCAUUAAGUGGAAAUAGCUUGACCUUCCUUCCAUUAAUUUCUUUACUUGUCUAUUUUGUUACAAAUUCGAUAGGUUUUCUUCCUCUUCCUUUUGCUCUAGCUGCAGAACUCUUUCCUACAAAAGUCCGAGGGACUGCAGCCGGUAUUAUUUCAGGUAUGGGUUACUUCUUUAAUUUUAUAGCUGUUAAGAUCUAUCCCGAUAUGGUUCAAAGCCUUGGAAGAUCAGGUGUAUUUUGCUUCUAUGGAGUAAUUGCACUUAUUGGAACUAUUUUCGUCUUUUUCUUGUUGCCAGAGACCAAAGGUAAAAGUUUGCAAGAAAUUGAGGAAUAUUUUGGAAAAAAGAAAGUUAAAUUAAGCGAGGAAACCAAAAUAUUGCGAGAGAUGGCAUAAAAGUUUAUGGAUGUAUUAAAGGGUACUUAUAAGUAUCUAUAUUGUUUGGAUUUUCCAAAUAUAAUCAGUAUUACUAUAAGACAUUGACAAUAAUUAGUGAUUGAAAAUGAUGCGACGUAGAGAUGUUUUUUAAAUUUUCAAUUUUUGAAAAUUUUAACAAUUUCAAAUCACAAAUUUUCUCCAGUUUAGUAAUUUACCGCUAUAAUCUAUGAAAAAUAUAAAGAUCAGAAAAUGAUAUGCCGUUGAUCAAGAAUGAAUAUGGGUGCGGUACAUGGAAAACUACGAAUGCAUUUCUGAAAGCAACGAAGGUAGUGAGUGUGAUAGUAUAAUAAGAUAUAUAAAAUAAUGUGUAAGUUAAGAUUUUUUAAAAUAAAAUUAUAUUUU